AUAAGGUUAUUUGGUUCUUUUCAAAAACAAUGACAAAACGUCUCACCCGAUCAGAACUAUUCGCUGGCGCUCAAGCGACAGGAAGUAGCGUCCAAAUUCCAAGCUCACAUUUAGAUCUAGAAAAUCAAAACGAUGAAAAGAUUGAAGGACUAACUAGUAAAGUAAAAAUAUUAAAAGAGAUUACUUUAAACAUUGGUGAGACUAUAAAAGAAUCCAGUUCUAUUAUAGGCUCAAUGGCCAUUUUCUUGACGGUUCUAUGA